AUGGCAUCAAUUCAGUAUCUACCAUCUGAUGAUAUCGCUUGGCGCAUAUAUGUUGGUACAAUCACUACCAUUGUACCUGCCACUAUCGUAGUGAUCCUACGAUACAUCGCUCGAUACGUUGCUAAAGCUGGUUUUUGGUGGGAUGACUACAUUAUUGUAGCAGCGCUGAUAAUCAACUGGGCUCUAGCAGCGACAAGAUGGGCCCAGAUCGCAGAUUAUGGCUUGGGUCAACAUUAUGCACAUGUAACCGAUCAAACCGAAGCACUGGGCAAGAGUUUCCUAGCUACGCAAAUGUUAUACUUCACGAAUGCCGUUCUCACCAAAGCCUCCUUGCUCCUUCUAUACCAUCGAAUCUUUGGAGUCGUGAAAGGAUUCCGCUGGGUUCUCUGGGCAUCUGGGGCCUUGGUGAUCGGUUAUUACGUUGCCUGUGUGAUCGUUUUAAUGGCCGGCUGUAGGCCAAUGUCUAAAAUUUGGGAUCCCAGUAUUCCAGGAACAUGUAUUGACUUGAUCGCCUUCUUCCGAUGGAACGGUGUUGCCAAUAUGCUUCUCGAUGUUUUGAUUCUGUGCCUUCCAUACCCGAUGGCGUGGCGAUUGCAGACGACUUUACGACAAAAGUGGAUUCUUACUGGCAUAUUUCUACUCGGUGGAUUUGUCUGUGUUGUUUCCAUUCUUCGUAUUACAAGCUUCGAUUUCAACACUCUGGACAAUCCCACCGAUGUCAGUGUUGUACCAUCGACCUGGUCCUCCGUCGAGCAAUCAGUUGGAAUCAUCUGCGCAUGUCUUCCAACUCUCCGACCUCUUCUCAGAUGGUUGACUGGAAGCUCUGCCAGCAGUAUCCGCAAAAGGGACAGCUCUUCAUCCGAGUUUCCUCAACGAAGCCCACUAUCCGGUCAGCCAUCACAGACGGAUGAGGAGAAUCCUCUCGAGUCUUUGACAUCUCCCACGUCUCCUACUCCUCUCGUGUCCCAGGUGAACCUGGAACAAAAUCGUAGGUCAUCGUCUCCAGAGAUGGGUGCUAUUGAAGACCAGGACCGUAGCUCGUGGGCCCUUGAGGAAUCUUAUGGAGACCCUGAAAGGCAUAUUCCACGACCUGAGUCCUUUGCAUAG